UUCUCAGCGCCGGCUCGGCUGGAACCGCGCGGGCCGGGCACGGGCUACCUUCUCCCCGCAAGUGUCCGAGCCGCUCCGAAACUCCGGCGGCGAGUCGGCCACAGGAAGUUUAUCCUCAGCUCCUUUUCUAAAAGGAGGAAAUAGAAGUUUCUCCCGGCGGGCAGCCUUUCUUUUCGCCUUUUUUUGGUUUGUUUGUUUUGUUUUUUUCUUUGCCCUGUCUGAAAUCGGGGGGCCCCCGGACCUGGCAGCCGUGAUCCGCCGGGCUCUUAUUCUUUUUUUUUUUAAUUUUCAGUUUUUGAUCGGGCCGUCUGUCCCGGCUGGGCUCCGGCUGCGCGCGGGAGCGGGAGGGCGCGCGCAGGGGAGGGACCGAGGGACGCGCGGACUUUUAGAGGGAGGGACUGGGGGGCCCGCCGGUCCCGCGGCGCUCGGAGAGCAGGAAAGCAGCGCAGCGCGAGGCGCUCGGGAGGCACGGUUCCUGGGCUGUCGCCGCCUCCCGUCCGCACCCGCCACCGUCGGGGAGCAGCCCGGGAGCGAAGACCAGAGCCCGAGGCGCGGCCGGCAGGGAGCGAGCCCGCAGCAGCCGGUGCGCGGCCGCGGCGAGGGCGGGGGAAGAAAAACACCCUGUUUCCUCUCCGGCCCCCACCGCGGAUCAUGUACCAGGAUUAUCCCGGGAACUUUGACACCUCGUCCCGGGGCAGCAGCGGCUCUCCUGCGCACGCCGAGUCCUACACCAGCGGCGGCGGCCAGCAGAAAUUCCGGGUAGAUAUGCCUGGCUCAGGCAGCGCCUUCAUCCCCACCAUCAACGCCAUCACGACCAGCCAGGACCUGCAGUGGAUGGUGCAGCCCACGGUGAUCACCUCCAUGUCCAACCCAUACCCUCGCUCGCACCCCUACAGCCCCCUGCCGGGCCUGGCCUCUGUCCCUGGGCACAUGGCACUCCCGAGACCCGGUGUGAUCAAGACCAUUGGCACCACUGUGGGCCGCAGGAGGAGAGAUGAGCAGCUGUCGCCUGAAGAGGAGGAGAAACGCCGAAUCCGGAGGGAGAGGAACAAGCUGGCCGCGGCCAAGUGCCGAAACCGCCGCAGGGAGCUGACUGAGAAGCUGCAGGCGGAGACAGAGGAGCUGGAGGAGGAGAAGUCAGGCCUGCAGAAAGAGAUAGCCGAGCUGCAGAAGGAGAAGGAAAAGCUGGAGUUCAUGCUGGUGGCCCACGGGCCUGUGUGCAAGAUCAGCCCCGAGGAGCGCCGAUCGCCUCCCGCCUCUGGGCUGCCGUCCCUGCGCAGUGGGGGCGGGGGAGUGGGCGCCGUGGUGGUGAAGCAGGAGCCCCUGGAAGAGGACAGCCCCUCCUCCUCAUCGGCCGGGCUAGACAAGGCCCAGCGCUCUGUCAUCAAGCCCAUCAGCAUUGCUGGGGGCUUCUACGGGGAGGAGCCCCUGCACACACCUAUCGUGGUGACCUCCACGCCAGCCAUCACUCCAGGCACAUCAAACCUCGUCUUCACCUACCCCACCGUCCUGGAGCAGGAGUCGCCUGCGUCACCCUCCGAGUCCUGCUCCAAGGCUCACCGCAGAAGCAGUAGCAGUGGGGACCAGUCAUCAGACUCCUUGAACUCCCCCACCCUGCUGGCUCUGUAACCCAGCUCCCGGGGGGUCCUCAUCACUGCCUUCUUCCCAGGGACCAGCACCUUCAAGUGCUCCAGGGCCGUGAGGGCAAGAGGGGGACCCUGCCAGAGAGCUGCCCGGCUCUGGGGAGACCUAGGUGGGAUUUUGCUGGAGGACUUCAGCGAUCUCUUAGAAGUCAUGGGACCUCCUCCCUUUUUCAUCUUGCAAAGCAAAUCCUGUUUCUUGAAAAGCCUUGGAAAACUCGGUUUGGUGGACUCAGGCAUCUCUCCGGCUUCUGAAGAGCCUGCGGCUGGUGUGGACCGUUCCUGUCCCUUUGUUACGCUACGUCUCUGGAGUGAUGGUGUCCUUCCCCGCCCCACCCAGCAUGCUCAGUGCCUUUUGGUUUCACCUUCCCUCUAUUCACCUCUUCCUCCCCCCAGUGUCAAUUUCACUUCCUCUUGGUUUUUAUCAAAUUUGCCAUGACAUUUCAUCUGGGUGGUCUGAAUAUUAAAGCUCUUCGUUUCUGGAGAUGGGCAGCAGGUGACUGACUCUUCUGCUGGGGCUGACUUUCCAGAAGGGGACAGUCAAUGUGCAAUACAGAACCUUCCCUCCCUUGACACUCCCCGGUCCACCGCCAUCUCCAGGACCACCAGCAGGGCUCCCUGAGCUCUCGAGGAGAUGCUGCCAUCACUGGGAGGCUCGGAGGACGCGUCCUCCCCAUCCUCGGACACAACUCUUUGGAGGAGCGGCUUGGCCAGAAGACAGGGUGUGAGUGAGACAGACGGAGCACAGGUUGGGUUUGCCAAAUGCCUAAUUACCAGGCCAGGAAUAGUGCCAACAAGCCACACAGGUGUCCUAGCCAGCUUCCCUUUACCUGGUGUCUUGAGCAGGACGUUUCCUAUAAUUACUGCCUUGCCAUCCUGCCCCUGGACCCUUCUCUCUAGACCAGGGAGGCGUCCCUCCCUAGGAACCACACAUCACUCCAAAGUCCCUACUGGCUCUGCCCUCCCCCAGUCUGGCUCUCAGGGUGACGCCACCCACGGAGAUUUAAUGAGCGUGGGCCUGGCCGCUCCCCAGAUUGCUGCCCAGUGGCCCCUCCCCAAGCCUCCAAGGCACUUUUGCUGUGGAUGGAAAGGCAGGGGAGGAAGGAGGGAGGCAGAGUGGUAUUCGCCUCUCGGUGAGCUGCCCGGCCUUGUCUACCUUCUAUGGUCACCUGCUGCCUGACGGAGUGCUUUCUCUUUUACAUACUCCUUCCCCCGGAGUGCUCCUCGGGUCCAGCCAGCCAGCUGUGAACCGCUGGCCCGGAGCUGUCGCUAAGGCUUGGGGCUUACCUGCCAUUCCUGGGGCGGUGGGGGGGGGCAGCUGCUGAAAUCAGAGAUAAGAUGUGUUGCUUCCCACCGCGGGAGAGGCGCCCCCCUCCUAUGGGGCUGGGAGUGGGGAGGGCGUCCUCCCGGCCUCCUGCUCCCUGCCUCCCAUACCUCUGAGCCUUUCUCUCCCUAGGGCUUAGCUCUCUGGCUGAUCUGGGAUGGGCCUCUGCUGGGCUAGUGCUCUGGGGGAGACCCUGCUGUUGUGAUUCCGCUCUAGAGAUCAUUGUAUGAUAAUUUAAAAUUAUAUAGAUAUUAUUUAAAUCAAACCCAGUGGGGGUUAAACUUUUAGACUCGGGAGGGAGAGAGAGCAUGUGAGAGAGCAAGCUGUUUCACGUUGGCUCACUUGCCCCCCUCACACACCCAGGCCUCGAGCGCUGGUCCUUACUGACUGCCCAUCCCCCCUCCGUGCCCGAGAAGGGAGCACACCGAAUGGAGCGGCCGGGCCCGGUGCUUAAAAUACCCAGCCCGCUCUGACUGCAAGUGACGUGUGAAAGGCUAGGCCACGCAGAGAGAGGAGAUUAAAAGAAAAUACUCUUAAAAUGUUAUUUCCCACAUUCCUUAGCUAUGAGGCUGCCCUCCCGGUUUCCCAGAGGUUCUGGGAGGGGCACUGCUUAGUAGACUGGGCAAUUGAGUUUCUGGCUUCAGAUUAAUCGAAGAAACAGAAGUCAGCCAGGAACAGCAGGAGGUGGGCAAGGAAAACUGGGGGUGCCCUCAGCUCUGAAAGGCUUAAUCAUCUCAAGCGGUAUUUGUGGCCAAUUGGGAGCUAUUUGCUGCUUUUGCAUAUAUAUAUAUAU